AGGUCCAGUGUUUCCAAUGAGGUUCUUCGCAGUGUGCAUGCUGCUCUUCAUUUCGAAAUUAGCCGAUGCUCGCUCCUCACCGCUAUCUUCAGAAGAUCACGCGGUUGUCUUAAGAGAGCGUGAAGCCCGUGUACUGGGCAUGUGCAAGGAAUAUUACUCCUCCGGCAAUGGCUCAUCAUCAUCCCUGGCACCAGUAGAUGCCGAUUGUGAUCCUGUGACUUCCAACGAUGCUCGAAAGCUCGUGUUCGACUACAAGCUUUACGGAUGCCUUCCGAGGGGCACGGGGAGUCGAUUCUGGGAUGCCACAUUCUCAGUCAUCACUCGUGAUCUGAUGAAACGAGGUUCCCCGGAUACGCCCGAGAAAUACCUGGUUUUCAUGUCCUGUCGGCAUCCAUUUCAGCGAAUUGCCAUGGCCUACGGUGUGGAAGCACGACGAGCUGAGGAAGCUGGGAAGUCUAUCGUUUUGCCGUUCACCAAAUUCGUGGAGAAAGAUGUGAUCAAUGCUGGUCUGCGCGGAUCGUGGAAGAAUCCGUAUUUGAAACCCUGUCACUUGGAAUGUAACCCCUGUUGUACUCAUUUCGACGUUAUUGGUGACUUUGCUACACUUGCCGAAGAUUUUAACUACAUCAAAAAGUCUCAGGGACUUGAUUCAGUGAGGGAAGUGCGUGAUGCUGCUGAGAAAGAUGGAACAACAAUUGAACCGUCCACUAUGACAAAGUAUUUCGCCGCUCUACCUAAACCGUUGGUUGAUGGAAUUAUCAAAGUUUACCAAAAGGACUUCGAGCUUUAUGGAUACAGUGUUGAUCAAUACUUGUGAUUUAUGCGGAUGACCCUGCGGAUCUGAUGUUAAUUCUUGCCUUUUUGAUUUGUUGGACGGUUUGGGAAUCUCACUGGGAAUAGAUGAGCAUUUAUUCUGCCCA